AUGCCUGACCAAGACGUGCUAGCCAAUCUCAGAGCUUACAAAACACAAAACUACCUGCUGGGCCACGUCAGCGUGUGGCACAGGCUCCCAAUCGCUAGAAGAGCACUGGUGUUCAUUCUACUCUUUGUGGGACUGCUUGGAGAGCUUCGUGUGGUGUUGACCAAACGGUCGCUGAAGCUUAGGACGUUUCCGGGGCACAUUUCGUUGCCGGGAGGGAAAGCUGAUACGGGGUUGGAGCUGCCGUGGCAGGUUUCUAGAAGAGAGAUGAGUGAAGAGAUAGGGCUUAGUGAGGAUAACGAGUACCUUGAAAAGAACUAUGGGUUUACCAUUGAUCAUGUUAAUGAAUUGCCGUGCUACUUGCUGCGUACAAUGUCGGCGGUUCGGCCGUGCAUUGGGUUUAUGAAUUUCAAGAAUAACGGUGGGGAUAAACAGGCGCUUUUGGAGAACCUUAAGCUUAGAGUGAAUCCUGGCGAGAGCUCUUCGAUCUUUAGUUGCCCGCUUCGAGACUUCCUUUACCCGGCGUUGGAGGAAGCUGCCCAGGAGGCACUCGAAAGAACCCAUUUUUGUAUCAAAUGGGGCGGCAUUCCAUGGCAUUUGAGGUCAUAUACGUUUCCUCAACUAAACAUCCAGGAAGCUUCGUGGUUACAGGAGUUUAAGGAUAUUUCUGCUUCUGAAAGCGAAGAUGAGCUUUCUGCUGACGAAAAGGCUAAGCUGGAGCAGACUCCUCCACCAACACCUAACGCAGGCCGUAAGAAACAGAAAAAGGAUUUGACUACCUGGGGCCAGCUUGGGUCCAGAGUGGACGAGGAAACAAAUACAAAGAUUUACGAUGUCUGGGGACUCACAGCGAAUAUCCUUCACGACUUGGCUGAGGUGGUUUAUUUAGGCCAUUCGGUCAAGGGUAGACAAUUGGGUGAAGAGGAACUCAUACACAGUCUCUGGAAACACGGCCAGCUUCAAGGGAAAGUACGGUCUGAGCAGGAGAGCGCCUUGAUCUCGUCAACGCCUGCUGAUAAAACGUCCUUUGGUGAUGUUCUUCCAAGGACGGAGUUCCUUCGUUUGAAGCGGCUCUACAAGAUGUAG